AUGAUGCUAAUGAUCCGGCUCGGUAUUAUGGCUCUUGAAGUGAUCGGUGGAAUAGCUAGCAUUGCUCAACUGGCUGGAACUGUCUAUACGAUAUCCAAAACUAUCUACGAAGUGGGUGAAGCUCUAUCCAAUGCCCCUUCCGACAUCAAAGAUUUAGCAAGAGACCUCGAAACCUUUUCCGAUGAGCUUCAUCUCUUGUCCACACUUCUUCAUGGCAAAGAUGGACGUUAUGCAGAUCAAGUUUAUAGGCUUACAGCCAAAAUUAUCGGAGAUUGUGCUACGAUAUGCGCAAAGAUCGAUCGCAUUAUUCGAAAAUUACGAAGUGGUACUGUGUGGACCAAAGUUAAAUGGUUGUAUAAAGAAAAGGAAAUCAUGAAGUUAUUGGCGAGACUGCGAGACUUGAAGUUGAGUCUGAUGGGCACACUGAGCGUACUGAGUGCUCUAAGGGCUGAUCAUAUGAUGGAUUCUUUGGGUAUACAGAACUCCAGCUUGAUUGGAGGAAAGAACGGACAUGAUCUAUCAGCAGAAACGUUGAAGCAAGUGGAAGACACUAGAUUGAAGCUCGCCGGAAUUACGAUGGUGGAUGCUACCAAAAGCUCUCAGGGGUCAACAACUAGUUUACCAUCAAUCACAUCGCUACUCUCUGGAGGCUCGAGUUCGGCUCUAAGCUCAUCGGCUACUUUGGCAACAUACAUCGGUUCCCCGGCAUCUGAAACAUCCAGUGCAACCACCUUUACACCCUCACAAUUAAUUUCAAUGGUCGCCAUGCCAAAUAGUAUGCCAAUGCCAAAUCCAAAAGCACUCAAGUCUAUAGAUCCUUUCCACAGUGCCAUAUCUUAUCAGGAUCAGAACUCGUCAGGUCCAGCAGUGCUGGCGGCGAUGACACCCAAUGUUCAAUCUGGCCAACCGGUUGAAGAGUAUCAUUUAAGUGCGAUACCACAAGGAAUGAUUCCAGCUAUUUCCGGCAGCCAUGCCACGACAGAUUAUUCAAUAAAAGUAAGUCAUCAGCUAGAUAAAUCUCUUACAGCAGAAGAGGUAUCUCUCAAGAUUUGGAGAGAUGAAAUGGCUAUCUCGGCGCUGAAGCAUUUUAAUAUGAAUAAGACCGAUGCUGAAAAUUGGGCGAUGCAUUUACCAGUCCCUAGCAGUAUUUUGGCAACUCAACCCACCGCUGAACCUGCCAUCGAAACCUCCACCAAUGUAACUAAUGAAGAUGUGGAGAUGAACGGCGGUUCGGUACCCCUGAAACUGCAGCCUUUAGUUGGGGGGAGACGCAAAGAUGAAGCAAAAACAUCUAUAUCGCCCGUGGAAGAUCCCGCAGAAUUUCAAUCCGCCAUGGGAUUCGCUGGUCUGAACGUAUCGAAUAUCAGUCUAUCCCAAGCUCCUAAAGAAACGGUGUCCGCAGUAGUUGCGCAUGUCCGAGAGAAUGAUGGUGAAGAGGAGCUAUCUCUACAACCUCUAAUUAAAACGGGAUCCCAGCCUCGAUUUACAUCGCGCGACCUUCCUCCAUUACCUUCUCUUUCCGCUCGAUCUGAACUUCGACGCAGGGUCUCUACAUAUGAUCACAAACAUGAGCCAUCUCAGACUGGCGGAAUCGAUAGAUCUAUGGGGGCCCUUGAGAUGUCUACCUCAGUCCACGAUACUUCUUACAUCCGAGGUAAAUUCUCAACUGCCUAUCAUUAUCCCGAUGAAGUCCACCAUGAUGCCUCAGAAUGGCUAUCUGGUAUGGGACCGAAAGCUUCUCCAAGCUCUCAUCCUCCUGCUAGUCCAGAAUAUAAUCCCUGGGAUAGAUAUCGUUCAAAGAUUCAGCAUAGUCAGUCUGAUACACCAGCGUCGUUCGACUCAAACCUAGUUUAUGUACAAGACGACUUUGCUGCAACCGAAGCUCCUUCCGACAGAAAUUCCUCAUCAUCAAUCGUCAAAGAUUUGUCUCGAAAGACUGACUUGCAGGUUCUCCCAAAGCCGCAAAGGAGGCUUGGAAUAGCACAGCGGCAGCGGCAGCAGCAAACUGACUAUCAACAACCAAAAAGAUUAAAUUUCCAUCCUAAUUCCAAAAACACGAUUCCUCAAUUGAAGGAAGAUGAAGAUUUAUUUCGCCUCAAGCAACUCGCGAAUUUCGAACAUCAAUUUCACCACAGGCAACUCAUGCUUCUCAAACAAAAUGAUGAAAAGAGGUUGAUGAUGGCUCGACGAGAACAGCAAAGCUACAAUCUGCCGCCAGCGCCUACGAUCGCUCAAGCUAGUAAUCAUGCAUCGAAAGAUUAUCAGUUAUUAAGUCUUAUCCCAGAGCAGAAUAAAAAAAGACGUCUGCUAGCGCAGCAGGAAAGCAUACGAAACUUGUCCUCUCUUACAUGGCCCAUUAUGGCUACUCCUACCAUAAAACUACAACCAGCACCACAGCAAAUGGCCCAGCCAACUUCUCAACAGGCUCAACGAGCUGAAAUGCAAUAUCAAACAUCACAACAGAGCCAAUCAAUCGUCGAUCCGUCAUCAAAUAUGUCGUAUGCCCGAGAAGAUUUAAGUGGUGAACCGUACAAGAAUGUGGGCAGCCUUUGGCUUAGAGCACUGCAGAAUUUUCAGACAUUUGAGUCAAACUCAGGAGGCAAUUUGCGAGAAUGUUUAAAUCAGGAACAUGUAGUCUUUACUACAGAUAUGGACUCAAAUACCCUUGUUAACAAUUCAAAUUGGUCUGCAAGUCCUCAUAAGGAAAAGAUCGCUGGAAAGUGUGGAAGAUUUCCGGAUGCUACUAGCUCCAUCCAGCGAAUUCUUGAGAUUCUCGACGUGAUGGAAGAAACAAUCGGUCUUGAAAUUGGCAUCAUUGCAUGGGUAUGCCUUCUAGCUGCUGUCGAGAAUUUACUCUCCCUCGAUGUCAACUUAGCAGUAAAAUCACGAAUCGAAGUUUUCGCCCAGCUUGCUGAACUUGCUAGCAUGAUUGCUCGGUAUGCCGUCAUGGAGAAUAUAUAUUCUCAGUGGAAAGGGAUGAGUCUCGAUAUAACUUAUGAAAAAGCUCUCAUCAGUUUCUCAACCCAAGUUUUGAGCUACUUUGAAAGGCUUCUCUCACCCCCGGCAGAGCAUCGGCCAGACUUUUCCUCAAGUAUGCGGGUUCAAUUUCAAAUGAUCAUCGACGCGGAUAAAGCGUGCCGAGGUUUUACGUUCAUCAUUGGUGCUGAAGAUACCUUCGUGGACCACAAACGCUCACUCGAAGAUGUUUCUGAUGAUACAGACGAUACCGACGAUUUGGAUGAUACUAUUCCAAGAGAUGAUGAAAAGGUUGGAAUGCAAGAUAUGCCGUCGCGGUAUACCAUUCAAAUUGAAGAGUCGAAAGAUUCUCUCUGA